GUUCUUUUUUUGCGUGGUGCGUUGUCGACACGUUGUCCGACAGAAUUCCUGCUGGUUAUUUUUGCAUUUAAAGUGCAAAUAAAUUGAUAAAACGAUGGCUAUUGGCUCCAAGAUUAUUAAGCCCGGCGGCUCAGACCCCGAUGACUUUGAGAAGUCGAUUGCCCAGGCUCUGCUUGAGCUGGAGGCUAACAGCGAUCUGAAGCCCUACCUCCGUGAUUUGCACAUUACCCGUGCUCGCGAGAUUGAGUUCGGCAGCAAGAAGGCCGUCAUCAUCUACGUGCCCAUUCCACAGCAGAAGGUGUUCCAGAAAAUCCAAAUCAUUCUGGUCCGCGAGUUGGAGAAGAAGUUCUCUGGCAAGCAUGUGGUUGUCAUUGGUGAGCGCAGAAUCCUGCCUAAGCCCACCCGCAAGGCCCGCAAUCCUCUGAAACAGAAGCGUCCACGCUCCCGCACUCUGACUGCUGUGUACGAUGCCAUCCUUGAGGAUCUGGUCUUCCCAGCUGAGAUUGUUGGCAAGCGUAUCCGCGUCAAGCUGGACGGAUCCCAGCUGGUUAAGGUGCACUUGGACAAGAACCAACAGACCACCAUUGAACACAAAGUCGAUACCUUCACAUCAGUCUACAAGAAGCUGACUGGUCGCGAUGUUACCUUUGAAUUCCCCGACAACUAUCUGAAUGUCUAAGAAUUUCUGCUUGAUUAUUGCGCCGGUUUAGUUCAUCAAGGAAAAUAAAGGAAGGACUCACAUCUGUAUUCUGUCGUACAGAAUAAAUGUUAUUUUUUACAUGAGCUGCAGAACGUAACAUCAAAUAAAGAAAACAAAAUAAUGUAAA